AUGGCACCGCAAUCUGAGAAUAGUUCUCAAGAUGGCGAAAAAGCUAUAUAUCUCAGAUGGCCAGUCCCUACCGAGCCUGAAAGUAACACUACUGUUGCUCGUAAGGCACUCGAAAAGCAUAACGAGGAUGCCGUUGAGGUAGCUUGCCUUAUGCAAGCCACCAUGUCUCCUGAUCUUCAGAAGAACAUGGAACAUAAAGAUGCUUAUGACAUGAUCCAGCAACUGAAAGGCAUGUUUGAGAAACAACCCCGACAGGAGCGAUUUGACACCAUGAAACAACUUGUAAGCUGUAAAAUGCUAGAAGGAUCAUGUGUGAGUACUCAUGUGCUUAAGAUAAAAGGAUACAUUAACCAUAUGAACAAACUUGGUUAUCCCCUGCAAGAUGAAAUGGCAGCGAACUUCAUCUUGAACUCUCUCCCUAGCUCAUAUGACCAGUUCAUUAUGAACUAUAAUAUGAAUGCUUGGGUGAUAAUUGUGCCUGAGCUACAUGGUAUGCUCAAAACGGCCGAGAUGAACAUUCCACAUAAAACUAACCGAGUUCUAAUGGUCAAGUCUGGUGGUGUUAAGAAGCCCAAUAACAAGAAAAGGGAUCAUAAGAGAAAAGGUAAGAGAAAGGUUGUUGUUGCUGCCAGAAAUGCCACCAACAACAAGCAUGUUGCAAAACCACAAGCUCCCAAGGAGCGUCAGUGCUUUGAAUGCAACUAA